AUGUCGGCACCCGCUGGCAACCCGCCGCCGGCGCAGGGCGACAGCGCUGCCGCCGCCGCGCCGCCGCCCAGCUCGCCCGCGCACUCCUUCUCGCGCCUGUCUACCAACGAGGACGGCGGCGUGCCGCCGGCGGCCGCGACGUCGCCCUCGCACGUCUCGGCGGCCGUGCCCACGACGGCCAGCGGCGGCUCGGCGCCCUCGGCGUCGCCGUCGCGCGCCAAGGUGCGUGCGCCGUCGCGCCAGACAACUGCGCCCUCGCCGCCCGUGCUGUCGCCCACGUCGCGCACCAGCAGCAGCGGCGCCCUGCCCGGCGACGCCGCGGCCGCCGGAGAGACGACGGCAGCGCGCCUGAGCCGCAACCGCUCGCUGCGUCAGCACCACCCGGGCGGCUCGCUGUCGGCCUCGCACUCGCCCGCCUCGCCCGAGAUGCAUCCCGCGGGCCCGCACUCGCACGGCCCGCGCCACCUCUCGCUCUCGUCCCACUCGCGCCCGGCGCCGCAGCCCUCGGGCGCCGAGCGCGACCUGUGGGAGUCCAACGUCGCCUCUUCUAACCUCGCCAGCUCGUCCGACGGCCUACAGGCCCUGCUGCGCGACCACCCCGAGCUGGUGAGCUCGAGCCUCGCCGCUGCAGCCGGGAGCAAGUGGAGCGGCGUGCAGAGUCGCGGCACGCAGAGCGGCGCGGCAUCUGGCAACACCACGCCCGCCGCCGAGGAGGAAGAGGAGGGCGAGGAGCUGAAGCGCAUGAGCGCCAGCACGACGCUGGGGCCGCAGAACCCGAACUUGGGCAGCGCAGGUGCACCGCCGGACUACAGCGAGGCCAAGAUCGUCGUGGCCAUGGUCGGCCUGCCCGCGCGGGGCAAGUCGUAUCUGAGCAACAAGCUCAUGCGCUACCUCCGCUGGCUGGAGUACGACGUGCGCGUCUUCAACGUCGGCCAGAUGCGCCGCGCGCUGGCCAAGGCCAAGCUGAAGGAGUCGGGCGUGCGCGAGGACCACACCGCGACGUUCUUCGACCACAACAACCCGACUGCGUUCAAGCUGCGCACGCAGAUGGCCGAGGAGUGUCUCGAGCAGCUCAUCGGCUGGCUCAAGCGCGGCGGCAACGUGGGCAUCCACGAUGCCACCAACUCGAGCAUCAGUCGCCGCAAGGCGAUCGCGGAGCGCGUCGCCAAGGAGCCGGGCCUGAAGCUCGUCUUCCUCGAGAGCGUGUGCACUGAUCCCGCAGUCAUCGCCGCAAACAUCGCCGUCAAGGUCUCGUCGGGCGACCCCGACUACGCCUCGAUGUCGCCCGAGGCGGCCAAGGCCGACUUCCUGAACCGCAUCAAGAACUACGAGGCCAACUACGAGACGGUCGACGCCGACGGCGAGGAGAAGCACCUUGCCUACUGCAAGAUUCUCGAUGUGGGCCGCAGCGUCGUCGUCAACGGCUUCAGCGGCUACCUGGAGAGCAGAAUCGCCUUCUUCCUGAUGAACCUGCAUCUCACGCCGCGCAACAUCUACCUCUCGCGCCACGGAGAGUCGCAGUUCAACGUCGAGGGCAAGAUCGGCGGCGACGCCAAUCUCUCGGAGCGCGGCUGGAAGUACGCCGAGGCACUGCCGCAGCUCGUCAAGGACGCCGUCGGCGACGCGCCCCUCACCGUGUGGCACAGCACGCUCAAGCGCACCGGCCAGACGUCCAGCCAUCUCGAGUACCCCAAGCUUGCGUGGAAGAGCCUCGACGAGCUGGACGCCGGCGUCUGCGACGGCAUGACGUACGAGGAGAUCGAGAAGUACUACCCCGAGGACGCCGAGGCACGCGACGAGGACAAGUUCAUGUACCGCUACCGCGGCGGCGAGAGCUACCGCGACGUCGUCGUGCGCCUCGAGCCCAUCAUCAUGGAGCUGGAGCGCCAGGAGAACAUCCUAAUCGUGGCCCACCAAGCCAUCAUUCGCUGCCUGUACGCAUACCUGCACGCCCUCGCGCAGGACGACCUGCCGUACCUCAAGAUUCCGCUCCACACCCUGAUCUGCCUCACGCCUCGAGCCUACGGCUGCGACGAGAAGCGGUACAAGGCGCCCAUCGAGGCCGUGGACACGCACCGCGGCCGCGUGACGGCGCGCGACACCGACGUGCAGGCGCCGCCCGCGCCGGCCAAGGAGCAGACGAUUGAGGAGGCCAUGAACGCUCCGCCACCGUCUCAGCGGCGCCCGGGUGCUUGA